AUGGCCGAAGCGCAGCUGGGUGGACGCAUCUCUCGAAGAGCAGAGACUUACCUAACUGAGCUACUUCACGUUGUUUCCUUCUCCGACAGAUUGGGAAACAGAAUGCCAUUUGACGGAGCCAGCGAACCUGACCAUACCCGCGGGUCAUUAAAGUCCGAAUCAGACAUUUUGCAGAACACGCUACCUGAAAAUGAGAAAUUCUAUUUUGAUCUGUCCAGAAUUAUUGAUAGAAAUGCAAGGCAUGCUGAUGGAAUUUUCACCAGUGUCUGCAGCCAUCUUUUGGCUAAACUUGCUGUGAAGAGAUAUCUGCAUUCGCAUAUUAGAAAACGAGUUAGCUUCCAGGACAGUCCUGUCAAACGCCACUCUGACGCUGUCUUCACUGACAACUACAGCCGCUUUCGAAAGCAAAUGGCCGUGAAGAAAUACUUAAACUCAGUUUUAACUGGAAAAAGAAGGUACCGCAAGAAAGCAAAUACAUAUUGUUUCCAUACUUGUAUG